AAGACCGGGUUGGACCUGUUCAGGUUCACGCAGACAAUCUUUACAUUUAGAAUUAGCUUACAGAUGUAAAAUUAAAGCAGUAAAAUAUAAAGCUUUUUAUUUAAAUAUCCAGUCAUUAUUUUACAAGCACAGAGAGCCGCAUCAGAUGGAUGGAAGAGCUGCAUGCGGCUCCAGAGCCGCGGGUUGCCGACCCCUGUGCUAGCCUACUUUAUUGUCCCCAGCAAUUUUUAAACCCCACUCAAGUGUAUGGUUAUUGUCCCCAGCAGUUCUGAAAACAAACUGACGCCCUUGCAAAUGCAUGACCUUGAGGCUGUUUCACGCACUCUGGCGCUGUGUCAAAAGGAACUGUGGAAAAGGUUAAAUAACCUUGGAGGAAUAGCUCCUUCAUCACGUUACAAGGACGAGGUCUCACGCAGGAUAGACUUUAUUGAGAGGGAGUUGGAUGUGUUGGAGAGCUGGCUGGACUACACCGGGGAGCUGGAGCCUCCUGAACCUCUGGCUCGUCUCCCUCAGCUCAAACACCGCAUCAAACCACUGCUGUCCCAGCUCAGCAAGGUCCAGCAGAUCGCUCUGUUCAGCUCCACGUGAGGGUGCCAGAGAGCAGCUGCAGCCUCAGGCCCCAGCAGCCGCUUUCCCAGAGCAGCAGGAGGGGUCACUGAUGCAAGAUACACUAAUCCUGUGUGGCGGUGGGGGGUGCAGGGCUGCAGCCUGUCUGUGUCAUAUCUGGAUAUUUAAAUGAGGAGAGUGAGCCUCUUGAAUCAGGAUGAAACAAAACAGAACCUCUGAAAGCAGGAGAAUCCCUUCGGACCCGGUUACACUCGAUGUGGCGCCCAAACCUAAUGAAUGCCUUCUUCUGAACUACUGCUUAAUGUGGCCCUGUCCUUCUCAGUGCACAGUGCUCUAGCUCCACAAGCUUUAUUUUCACACCUGAACCAACACGGCAGUAAUUUUUGAACACAUUAUUUUCUGUUAUUUGUGUCUCAAACUCACCUUUUUGCUCCUCUUUCCUGCCAUACUGUGUUACAGGCCCUGCUGUUGAUUUAGAGAACUGGUAACUUGAAUACAUUCACUCUGUUCUCUCACCAUUCAGGCCGUCUUUAAUGUUCCCAGUUACACUGUGAAGUUUGCUUUUCUUAAGAUUCAAGUCCUUUUUACCAUUUAUUUGCUCAUCAAAUCAUUUUCAGUUUUUCUCCCUCUUUAUUUGGACUUUGUCGCUGUUGCAUCUAAUGCAUCGUUUGUUGAGAUCUGUGUUGUGGAUUCUUAUUAACCUAGCAUUCUGUCUGUAUAUCUGCUAGAAAACCUAAACAUCUGUUCUUGUUUUACUCCGUUUCAUCAGUUUAUUUAACUGUUGAUUAUAAAGUUGUCAUUCAAAGCUGUUUUGAAUUGGCACGGUUCCAACCACAGUUAAUGUAUGCCACUGUCCUGCAAGUGUGUGUCCUAGAAGCGGGGAACAUGUCAAACAAUGCAAACAGAUUUCCUGGUGCAUGAAUAAACUAUUAAU